GUAUAUAGAGAAACCUCUUGCUCACUUCAUUACCUGCCUGUCGUUUUUGUCGUAUCAAAAAAGAAACGAAAAAGAAGGCAAACAUAUAAUAUAAAUAAAUAAAACACUUGUCUUUCUCUUUCUCUUUCUCUCUCGAGUGGUGUGUUGUGUGUCUUGGGUUCAAUGUGUUGGCUGUUGCUUGGCCUUGUUUAUCAACUAAAUCUAGAGCAACCCAUUUCUCUGUUCUCCCAUUUGAAGGAAAACUCACCUUCAUCUCUUACUCAAUCCCUUCAAUUGCGCCACCAUUUUUUUCUCUUUCUCACAAACCCGCUGCUGUAGUGUGCUGUGCUGUGCUGUGCCUCAUUCAACCUCUCACACUGUUCGACUAUUUCAAACCAGUUUUGUCAGGAUCGAGGAGGGUUCUCGAGUUAUCUUUUAUGGGUCUUUCCUCACAACUCCUAUGGCGGGAGAAACAUCUUGGAUAAGUCACUAUGAUGACAGACAGAGGGAGAAUGGAGUGUUUGAUUCAUUUUUAGAAGUUGGUGAGGAAGGUGAGAAAGAUGCAAGUGCUGUUUCUUUGGAUGUCAUUUUGCCUGAUGAUUUGUUGGAACGAAUCCUAGCCUAUCUACCUGUUGCAAGCAUUUUUAGAGCUGGUUGUGUGUCUAAGAGAUGGCAUGAAAUUGUUAAUUCAGAGAGGUUUUUAUGGAACCUUUCACACGUUCUACCGCAGAAACCAUGGUACUUUAUGUUUACAAGCUCUGAUGAACCAAUUGGUUAUGCUUUUGAUCCCGUUUUUCGUAAAUGGUAUAACAUUGAACUUCCAUGCAUUGGAACAUCAAAUUGGUUCAUUGCUUCAUCGAUUGGCAUGGUCUGCUUCAUGGACAAUGACAGCAGAAGUGAAUUAUGCAUCUGCAACCCAAUCACCAAGACCUACAAAAAGCUGGAGGAGCCUCCUGGUUUGAAAUUUUCUGAUUACAGUGCAUUAGCAAUCUCAGUGAACAGGGAAUCUCACAUUUAUUCUGUGGCAAUUGUAAAAUCUAAACAAGUUCCCGAGAACUUUUUCCAGUGGGAUAUCUCGAUUCACGUAUACAAUUCAGUAAACAGAACCUGGGUGACGACUGUAACUGAAGUUUUGAUGGGGUGGAGAGGUGGUGAUGAGAGUGUUAUAUGCAAUGGGAUGCUAUACUUUCUAGUUUAUUCAACUGGGGGUGGCCAACCGGAAAAUCGUCAUGCCCUGAUUGCAUAUAACAUGUCUAACCGUUCUUCUCAAGGUAGCUUGACAAAGAGCUUUAUUCCAGUACCUUGUUCUCUAACCUGUGGCCGUCUGAUGAAUCUGAAGGAGAAACUUGUAAUGGUGGGAGGAAUUGGCAAACCCGAUCGACCUGACAUUAUAAAAGGAAUUGGUAUUUGGCUUCUAAAUGAUAAGACGUGGGAAGAAAUUGCUCGAAUGCCCCACAAAUUCUUCCAAGGCUUUGGAGAGUUUGAUGAUGUUUUUGCCAGCAGUGGUGCAGAUGAUCUGAUAUACAUUCAGAGUUAUGGAGCUCCGGCGCUUCUCAUAUUUGACACCAACCAUAAACAAUGGAAAUGGUCUCAGAAGUGCCCUGUGACAAAACGAUUCCCGCUGCAGCUUUUUACUGGCUUUUGCUUUGAGCCCAGACUUGAAAUAGCUCCCUAGUUCUCCUUACUAUAAGCAGCUCCUUCUGAGAAUCAUGUCCAAGGUUUCUGCUCAUUUUCUUCCAUUGUUCAAGUACAAAUUUCUUUAUGAUUUCAGUGUUUUUCACAGUUCAUACAAAAUGUUCUUCUUGGUAAAACUGCUUAUUCAUGGAUACGGGAAUAUUAUUAUUAAUAGCAUUUGAAAAUACCACACCCAUAUAUAUUUUACCUUUUCUUAUUCUCUA